CGCAGCUGCUUGUUUGUGCGGGUAGGAGUCUCAGGUAGGCUACUCUGUCAUGGCGGCCGUAUUUCUCCUCCUCCUCUCCUUCCUUCUUCCCACUGCGGCUCGUUAUACCCCAGACUGGGUGAGUUUGGACGGCAGACCGCUGCCAUCAUGGUACGAUGAAGCCAAAGUGGGCAUUUUUGUCCACUGGGGCGUCUUCUCGGUGCCCGGCUUCGGCAGCGAGUGGUUCUGGUGGCACUGGCAGGGUCAGCAGCCGCCCGACCCCAAUUAUGUGAGCUACAUGACCAAGAACUACCCGCCCGGCUUUAGCUACCCGGAGUUCGCCCCUCACUUCCACGCUCAGUUCUUCAACCCGGAAGAGUGGGCGGACAUCUUCAGAGCCUCUGGAGCAAAGUAUGUUGUCCUGACUGCAAAACAUCAUGAAGGGUUUACUAACUGGAGAUCUCCGUACUCCUGGAACUGGAAUUCUGUUGAUACUGGUCCUUACAGGGACUUAGUGGGAGACCUGGGAGAAGCAGUACGCAACAGAUCGCUGCAUUAUGGCCUCUACAACUCCCUGUAUGAAUGGUUUAACCCCCUCUACCUUGACGACAAGAAGAAUGGAUUCAAAACCCAGCAGUUUGUGAUCCAGAAGCUGCUGCCUGAGCUCUAUAACAUGGUCGUAAGGUACAGGCCAGAGGUGAUCUGGUCUGAUGGAGACUGGGAAGCACCAGACUCCUACUGGAACUCCACCCAGUUCCUGGCGUGGCUCUACAACGACAGCCCUGUCAAAGAUACUGUCGUGACCAAUGACCGAUGGGGAGCUGGAUGCGCCUGCAAACAUGGCGGCUAUUAUAACUGCGAGGACAAAUACAGCCCCGGUCAGCUGCCCAAACACAAGUGGGAGAAAUGCACAUCUGUGGACACACUAUCCUGGGGUUACCGUAGAAACAUGAAGCUGAAAGAACUGAUGGACUUGCCCGAUAUUAUUGACGACCUGGUCCGCACUGUGGCUCUGGGUGGAAACUAUCUGCUCAAUGUAGGCCCCACAGCCGAUGGAACUAUCCCCCCUGUGUUUGAGGAGAGGCUGAGGGGUGUUGGCGCCUGGCUUGAAACCAACGGAGAGGCCAUCUUUGCCACUAAACCCUGGAGGGUCCAAAUGGAAAACUCCACCGUAUCAGUGUGGUACACCUCAAAAGGGGCUACAGUAUAUGCCAUUAUAACAGCCAGACCCCCAACAACUACACUGAAACUGUUGAUUCCCAAAACAUCAGCAGCAACUAAGGUGACCCUCUUAGGACGUCCGUCUCCUUUACCCUGGGCUCCGGUUUAUCCCAAUGCUGGUCUCACCGUCCUUUUACCAGAUCUACCUUCCACUCCUGGUCAAGCAUGGACAAUCAAACUAGAUGGUGUCCAGUGAAAGUUAAAAUCAGAGCUUUUACCCUUUAAGGCCUUAUAUAUUAAAUGUAUUUCAUGUUUUCUUUUAUUUGAAUAGAAUUUUUCGAUUUUACACUUGACUGGGAUAAUCAGGGAAUACAUGGGAUGCAAUUCAGGCAAAUUAAUUCUUGUAUAAAUUUUUUUCUUUAGAUCAAAGAAAAAAACUGAUAAUUUCUUUGCUGCUCUGAAAACCUUGUUCUAUGAAAGAAUUUGGAAAAUGAAAGUUACUUUUUGUACAUAUCUUUACUUUGACGUCUCUUACAU